AUGGAUGAAACUCAAUACACUGAUAACGCAUUGCGUAUAAUACAAAAUGCCACCAACUUGUGUAAAGAAAAUUCAAAUACUCAAUUGCUUCCAAUACAUUUACUUGCCGCGUUCAUUCCAACCGAUGACACUGAAGGAUCAACUCCUUACUUGCAAACAUUGAUUCAAAAAGCUAGAUACGAAUGGCCAGCAUUUGAAAGAACUGUCAAUAAACAUUUGGUUAGGUUGCCUAGUCAAAGCCCUCCUCCAGAUGAUGUUAGACCUAGUUAUCAAUUGGGUCAGGUCUUGCAAAACGCCGCCAAGAUUGAGAAACAGCAAAAGGACUACUACAUUGCUCAAGACCAUUUGUUAUUGGCUCUUUUGGAAGACCAAUCGGUUAAGGAUAUCUUCAAAGAAGCUGGAAUCAAAACUGAUGCCAUCAAAACUCAAGCUGUCGAAUUAAGAGGUGAUCAACGAAUUGAUUCUCGUCAAGCUGAUUCAUCUUCCAGUUAUGAGUUUUUGAACAAGUACUGUGAGGACUUCACUGAAAAAGCCAGAGAAGGCAGAAUUGACCCAGUCAUUGGAAGAGAAGAAGAAAUCAGACGGGUUAUUAGAGUCUUGGCUAGAAGAUCCAAAUCAAACUCGGUUCUUGUUGGUGAUGCUGGUGUGGGUAAAACUUCGAUUGUUGAAGGUGUCGCACAAAGAAUUGUUGAUGGCGAUGUACCUAAUAUCUUGUCCAGUGCUCGAUUGUUUUCUCUUGAUAUGGGCGCAUUAACUGCUGGUGCUAAAUAUAAGGGUGAAUUUGAAGAGAGAUUAAAAGGAGUUUUGAAUGACAUCACCAAAUCAAAAGAAUUUAUCAUUUUGUUUAUCGAUGAAAUUCAUACUGUUAUGGGUGAUGGUAAAUCGGACGCAGCUAAUCUCUUGAAGCCAAUGUUGGCCAGAGGUGAAUUACAUUGUAUUGGUGCUACUACUUUUGCCGAAUACCGUAAAUUCAUUGCCAAGGAUGGUGCUUUUGAUAGACGUUUCCAAAAGAUUGAUGUGCCAGCAGCCACUGUCAAUGAAACCAUUGCUAUAUUGAGAGGUUUGCAACCAAGAUAUGAAAUUCAUCACGGGGUUAGAAUCUUGGACAGUGCUUUAGUCACUGCUGCUCAAUUGGCAUCAAGAUAUUUGACCUAUAGAGCCUUGCCCGAUUCAGCAGUUGACUUGGUCGAUGAAAGUGCUGCUGCUGUUGCCGUGGCUAGAGACUCCAAGCCAGAAGAGUUGGACACCCUUGAACGUGAAUUGCAUUUGGUUGAAGUUGAAAUCAAUGCAUUGGAAAGAGAUAAGGAUGCCGAUGCCAACUCAAAGGAGAGAUUGGAAGCUGCAAAAAAGAAAAAAGCCAGCAUUGAAGAACAAAUGGGUCCACUUAGAGAAAGAUUCAAUCAAGAGCGUGCCGGCCACGAUUUACUCAUUGCGGCAAAGAGAAAAUUGGAUGACUUGGAAGUUAAAGCUCAAGAUGCUGAAAGAAGACACGACACUGCCACUGCUGCUGAUUUAAGAUAUUUUGCCAUCCCCGAUGUUGAGAAACAAAUUGAAGAGUUGGAAAUUCGAGUAGCAGAGGAAGAAUCAUCGAAUUUGGAAAGCUUGUUGAAGAAUGCUGUUGGGCCUGAUCAAAUUUGUGAAACUGCUGCUAGAUUAACUGGUAUCCCAGUGACAAAGUUGAGUCAAGCGGAAAAUGCUAAAUUAAUCAACUUGGAAUCAGAAUUGUCGAGUGCUGUUGUGGGUCAAUCAGAGGCCGUCAAAGCGGUUUCCAAUGCCAUUAGAUUAAGAAGAUCGGGCUUGUCCAACCCUAACCAACCGCCAUCAUUCUUAUUCCUUGGUCUUUCGGGUUCAGGUAAAACUGAAUUAGCCAAGAAAUUGGCCGGGUUCCUUUUCGCUGAUGAAAAGGCCUUGAUUAGAAUUGAUUGUUCAGAAUUGGAUAAAUGGUCAACGUCAAAACUUUUGGGUUCAAAUGCCGGGUUUGUUGGUUAUGGAGAGGGAAACAUUCUUGCUGAGCCACUAAUUAGAAGACCAUACUCGGUGGUGCUAUUUGAUGAAGUUGAGAAAGCGGCGCCGGAAGUAUUGACGAUUCUUUUGCAAAUUUUGGAUGAUGGAAGAAUCACUGAUGGUGAGGGAAAGUUAGUCAAUUGUUCCAAUGCCAUAUUCAUCAUGACCUCGAAUUUAGGAGCUCAGUAUAUCAGUGAGUCAAAGGGAAGUAAGAUUGAUGCUGCUACCAAGGAACAUGUCAUGACUGUCGUCAAGUCUCAUUUCAGACCCGAGUUUUUGAAUCGUAUUUCCAAUAUUGUCAUUUUCAAUAGAUUAUCAAGAAAAGCAAUUUCCAAGAUUGUUCACAUUAGAUUGAAUGAAUUGACCAAGAGAUUUGAGGAUAAUGGCAAGAGAAUAACUUUGCACCUUGAUGAUGAUGCCAUGAAUUAUUUAAUCAAGAAUGGGUGGUCUGCCGAUUUAGGUGCUAGACCUUUGAAUCGUUUGAUUCAGAAUGAAAUUUUGAAUAGAUUGGCCGUUUUCAUCUUGAAGGGACAAAUCAAAGAUAAGGAGACAGUUAAUGUUGUUGUUGGUGAAAAGGGGUUGGAGGUUUUACCCAACCACGAAGCUGAAGAUGAAAAUAUGAAUGAUGUUAAUGAUUGGGAAGAUAGUGAAGACGAAGAUGAGGAUGAGGAUGAAAAUGAAGCAUUGGAUUAG